GUCCUAUCUGGUGCACACACAGAGACAGGAAACAAUCACCCACAAACACACAGUGAAACCCAGGCCACCUAAGUAUGAUUCUCAAUCAGAGACAACUAAUGACACCUGCCUCUGAUUGAGAACCAUACUAGGCCGAAACAUAGAAAUUCCCAAAACCUAGACAAACAAACAUAGACUGCCCACCCAACUCACGCCCUGACCAUACUAACUAAAUACAAAAACACAGAAAAUAAAGGUCAGAACGUGACAACAGGACUUCCUUUUAGAAGUCAUAAAAUAUGAAACAGUCUGAUUCAUCGUGGUAGGCUUUGCUAAGAAGCGUUCUGAUGUAAUAGCAUAUUGCAUUCAGAGCAUUUCUGUCCUCAGUCCAACAGUGAGUUGUAUUUGAACACAGCGACCAACGGAGGGCACUGUUAUCCUGUUGAAACAGCAGCCACAGCUGUAAAAUUACUAGUGUCCUUUGGCAGGCCAAGCACAUUGAACACACACGACUUGUCCUAAACCACCCUCAGAGUGGCAGGUUAUCAUUGCGUUAUGUGCCAUUGAUGUUGACGACAUCCGCUGACCUCCCACUGUCUAUCCGACUUUUCUAAUCAAGAUCUGGAGACAAUGUCAUCAUCUAUAUUAUGGUAAAUUCUAUCUAAAGAAUUUCAGGGGGUCCAAUAGGGGAAAUCAGAAAUAAUAAUGGAAAAGCGGUUGAUUGAGAUAGUCAAUGUUCAAUCAAAACUCACAUUUAACCCCUGCCUGCAAAUGUUUGACUCUUUCUCUAGUCUCUGGGUGGAUCAGAAGUGGAGACGUGGAAUCUUCCAUGUUAUUCUGGAAUGUGGGAUAAGACAGGGUCCCAUGACAUGGACCCCUCUUUGAAUGGGUUGAUGCUGGUCCUGCUGGAGCUGAUGAUCUGAACCAGUCUGUCAGCCACCUAGCUCUCCCUCCUCCAAACACAACCACUGCCCAUGUCCUGAUCCCAGUGGUCCAGCUUGUCUGUGGUGACUGGUUGGCUGGCUGUUCCAUAACACUCUCAUUGGCCCUGGGACUCCUCUUCUACGUGACCACACCCCUUCCUUCACAUCCAAUCCCAACAUGGAACCACCCAAGGUGCAGCAGCCAGGCGAAGGAGGCCUCAACGUCACCCUCACCAUCAGGCUUCUGAUGCACGGCAAGGAGGUUGGAAGCAUCAUUGGAAAGAAAGGAGAGACAGUGAAGAAGAUGCGUGAAGAGGUAAGUGCAAGCGGUGCACGCAUCAACAUCUCUGAGGGAAACUGCCCAGAGCGGAUAGUUACCAUCACCGGACCCACAGAUGCCAUCUUCAAGGCCUUCGCCAUGAUCGCAUACAAGUUUGAAGAGGAUAUAAUCAACUCUAUGAGCAACAGUCCAGCCACCAGCAAGCCUCCUGUCACCCUGCGUUUGGUUGUCCCAGCCAGCCAAUGUGGCUCCCUCAUAGGGAAAGGAGGCUCCAAAAUCAAAGAAAUGAGAGAGUCCACAGGUGCUCAGGUACAGGUCGCAGGGGACAUGCUGCCCAACUCCACUGAACGAGCAGUCACCAUCUCAGGAGCUCCGGAAGCCAUUAUCCAGUGUGUCAAGCAGAUCUGUGUUGUCAUGCUAGAGGUAGAGUGUGGAGGGAUGAAGGAGGAGGGUCUGAUUCAGUCCUCCCGGGAAUACACAGGAAAAUACAUUCACACAGACCUUAGGAAUCAGCUAAAAAUGUACAACGUGGAUGUACAUUUUUUUUUACAGUCUCAAACAUCUAAGGAAGGAAUUAGGAUCUUGGUCAGUAUAGACCAUGGGACAAAAUUAUUAUAACAAUGUUGUAGAUGAUGGCUUCCCAGGUUGCAAUGAUAUAGCCGACCUAUGAGGUAAAAUCAUGUGAUUCCAGUUGUCAGUGUGCUCUUAGACACAACACCUAUUUCAUGUCACUGCAUGCAUCCACAGUAAAGAACAAUAGUGUGAUGUAGUGAGUGUCACAGACUGUCUUCUCCCAAGGCACUGUCCCUCAGUCUACAAAACCUCUUCCUGACUUCUCUUCUUUCUUUCUCUCUCUCUCUGUCUCUCUCCCGCACUCUCGCUCUCUCUGUCUGUCUAUCUAUCUC